GUUUGCGCCUCAGUCAUGGGGCACAGUCAAUGGAGGAACUUCCUCUUUAUUCAGGCUAUUGCUGCCCACAUUUGUAUCUUGCGUUCUGCUGCUUCAGGUCAGUCAUGUUCACAAAGCAAACGUACUUUCAAGUUUGUUUUUUGUGUCACAGACACGCAUUUUCUAAUCUCAUGUUUAUCAGUUUCUGUUAGGUUUAAAAGUGACCAGUGCUACGGAGAAGUUCAAAUCGGAGACAGUACAUUCAAUGAUGACAGAUGGGACUUCAACAACAGCAAAGUGCUUUGUAGAUCCUCCGAGUGUGGGACAGCACUGAAGUCACAGAAGACACCCACACCAAAAGAACCCGAUUUUUUGUGUACGGGAAAUGAAUUUUUUUUUGCUGAAUGUCAGCGCAAGAAUAACAAGACCCAGAGCUCUGGCAAUAAGGCAGUUGUUGUCUGUUCAAAUGCCAUUUCACCGCCCAUAAUCUCACUGACACUUCCUAAUGGGACAUCGAUUAACUCGUCACAUGCAGAAAUCUUCAGGGGUUCCAGAUUCUCUAUCGAGUGCACAGCUAACUCAAUUCCCGACAAAUCGAAAAGUUGUUUGCUUCGACAUAAUGGCAAUUCUACAAAAAUACCCGAAUUAGAAUGCAACCCAUCAGCUUCUUUUAACUUUUCCGUGGCUGAUUAUAAUAACCAGGGCAACUAUAGCUGUACAUAUACAGUGGACCUGAAUGGAAAAUACGAGUCUGAUGAGUCAGCGUGGAUUCGUGUCAUUGUGAGAGAUCCAUGGUGGAAAUUGCUGAUUUACAUAUUGCCUGCCGGGGCCCUGGUGCUUCUCCUGAUGGUUUUGUUGGUUAUCUGCCUAGUCUGCAGAAGAAGGAAACGGGCUGAAAAGCCAAGUGAUGUGGUCUUAAAUCAAGUGACGGUUAGAAACAGUUACAUAGACGAUGAGGAAGAGGAAGAGGAAGAGAGAGACUAUGUAAACAUGGAGGCGGCGGAGACCAACAUUGUGGGAACUGAGGAAAUGGGCGAGCAGGACAACGAUUCACAAGACUAUGAAGACCCUGCACAGGAUAAAAGUUACAGCCGUAAUGAUGAGGAUGAUUAUGUAGAUCCCAGGAUGAGUACUGUUGCUCCAGGGGACGUCACAAAAGAACAGAGUGAAGAAGAGGACAGCAGUGACGACGAGGAGGACUACGUCAACUUAGUGGAGCAAACUGUGGAUAUAUACGGAGAAGAACUGGACAUUUAUGAAAACCUUUAGACAGUACACAGUGCAAGAAAACACAAAAGUUUACCCUUUUUUUUUGCGUAGUUUCUAGAGCAAAUAUCUUUGCAAAAUUGAAAUAAGACAAAAGUAACUUACAAGUAACUUUUAAGCAAGACAUAAAAGCUUGUUUUAGAUAAAUAAUUCCUUAAUAUUGAUGAAAAUGUUCCAGUUUCAUUGGCAGAUUUUUGAAACUUAUGACAUUUUUCCCACAGUACAAGUAAAUGUAUCUGCCAAUAGAACAAGUACUUUCUCAUUAUUUAUUAUUUAAAACACAAGCCUCUAUAUCGUGCUGAAAAGUUAUUUUUGAGUAGGCUUUGUCUUAUUUCAAGUGUAAUAAGAUAUUUACACUAGGAACCAGACCAAAAUUCGUUGGUAAAGUUUUGUUUUUGCAGUAACCAAGUACCUCAAUAAUAUUUUCUACCUAAAUGCAGCCUAAACCAGUAGUGUUAUAUUUAUUAAUGUCGGUCACUACGGACACCUGGCCUCCUCCACAAACAGCCACAUUUUGAAUUUGAACUCCUUCCUUUUCUGCUUCUCUUAUAAAUGGCCACUAGGGGGUGUGACAGGAUCUAUUGGCAGAAUAUUGAGUCGAAAGAUGUCCAACUAACGAAAACACUGUCUUGUAUUCACAGUUGUAGUCAAUAUAGGACGUUAUCUGUCAAAGUAAGUGAUUAUUAUAGGUACCAGAUAUAGAUAGAUUGAUUUAAUCACCAGUAGAAGUUAUAAAGGUAGUAUUUACUGCUUAGCUAGCUUGUGUUGAUGUUCCUCUCGUUUGGCUAGCUGUCUCAAACACACUUCCCUGCCACUUUUAAUUGUUUGCAAGGCAUUUGGGUUUCCCCAGGAGGAAAAAAAAAAGAUAAAUAAAGUGACAGAAAGGACAAGACAGAAAGGAGACAGUAGAAAAUAGUGCAACCGGUUAACCGUUAGCUGCUAAUGAUGCUAAAGUUGGCAAUAAAGGGCUUUUUCGCAGUUCUUAAAUACAAAAAUAAAACCCAGGGAAUCCAGUCAGUCAUUUCUUAAAUCCAUUUUUGUGAAUAAUUUUGUCUGGCAAAUGUUUGUAUGGGGCUGCACAGUGGCGCAGUUGGUAGAGUUGUUGCCUUGCAGCAAGAAGGUCCUGGGUUCGAUUCCCGGGGUCUUUCUGCACG